GACUAAGCAGAUUUAGGUGUAUUGUCGUUUAGACUUCAUAUGACCACUUAUAUAACUUUAUACAUGGUCUAUGAUCUUUACUCUCUCCUUGUAAAGUUAUAUUUCUCCAAUUGUAAUCUUAUAGCUGUAGCUGUUUCAAACUUGAGGAUUUGACCCUCUGCUCUCAUUGCUUUAGGUUUACUGUCCUUAUGGGCUUUAGGUAUGAUUACUGUACAACUUUUUUUUUUUUACGACCCUUUCAUCCAGAGAAAGUUGUUAUUUUCUGUUUCCUAAAUAUUAAAAGUUGGAGGACUUUGAGAGAGAGAGAGAGAUGGAUAGAUGGAUAGAUUACUUUUGCACAAGCAAACAUUACAUCAUAAGCACACAAGGUAACUUACAUUUGGAGCCCACAAACUCGCUGUAUGUUUCUUCAUCAGGACUGUGUGGGCUCGGUUUGACACUGGAACAGAAUUUCAACAUGCUGUAUUUCUCAUUCCUAAUUCUUGGUGAUGAAUUUGGAUGUUGACACUCUCAAAUGACCUAAACUUGAAAGGUAAGCUAAGGUGAGCUAAUUUUCAUUCUUUGCAACCCAACCCAACAGUUUCUGCCUUUGUUCCUGUCAGGUGUUUAUUCUCAUCCAUAAUAUUUUACUGUGUACAUGUGAGACAUGGACUACUUGCAGCAGCAUUUGUGAACUUGUUGUAACCUGUGGGGAGGCAAAACAGAAAAUAUUACUGGUUGUCACUGGUUUCAGUGUUUGCACUUCAGGGACGCCAUAUUUGAAAGAUUUCAGUCUCCUCCAUGUUUGUGACCAAUCCGAUAAGAGCUGCUGGUAAAAGUCCAUUUAACUCAGGAGGGUGUUCCUGAUAAGACUUUUUUUUAAACCCCUUUUAAGUACAGAUUUUGCUCUUUCUUUUUAAAUUAAAUCACUUAUUACAGUGGUCAAAAAGCUCUUAUGGUGAAUGGAGAAAGUCUGGUAUUCUAAUUACAAAAUACCAGUUUUAUUUGAUUGCAUAUGCCAUAAGAGUGUCUACAGAGUCCUUCAUUGCUCUCACACUUCUACUGAAGUACACAAAUAGUGUUUAAGUCUGAAUGUUUAGCAAGACAUGAAUCUGGGCAGAUGCACAACAGCUGGACUUCAGCCUGUGGCAUCCUGACAUGUCACAUUUUUAAUACUUUGGUUGUCUGUUAGCAACUUGGCAGCAGUCAUAAAAGCACAAUGACUGUCAGUUUAAACAUUAACUCGCAGAAUGAGAGUCCAGUUGACGGUGGCUGGAUGUUACUUAACGCCUCAUCUUUCUCUGCCCCGCUCUGAGCACAUCCACACACCAACAUGAGCAACUUUGGGGAGAUCCUGAAGGAGAUCGGGGAGUUUGGUUUGUUUCAGAAACGUUUAGUGGCUGCAUUAUGCCUCCCCAGCUUGUUUGUAGGUUUUGACGUGAUAGGCCAGGUGUUUACAGGCAUGAGCUUCCCACAUCACUGCAACACUGACUGGAUCUUGGAGCGUGGGCCCAACCUGACAGAAGAGAGACAAAGAAAUCUCACCAUUCCAGUGAACAAGGAUGGAAAGUAUGACAGCUGUAAAAUGUUCACACCUGUGGAUUUAGAUUUGGAAACCAUUGAAGCAUAUGGGAUUAAUACUACAACUGGAUGUAUAAAUGGUACAGAUUUUAAUGCACCCAAUGGUGCCUCCAGCAUUGUGACAGAGUUCAACUUGGUGUGCGACAGGAGCAGUUUGAUUGAGGCAUCGCAAUCCAUCUACAUGGCCGGUCUUCUGAUUGGAGCACUGGUGUUGGGACAUAUGGCUGACAGGUUUGGUCGACGCUUUGUGGUCCUGCUUUCACACCUUCUAUUACUGUUGUUUGGUGUCAGUGCUGCUUUCUCACCCAACAUUUACGUUUAUAUAUUCUUCAAAUUUUUAUGCGGAUUCUCCAUUUCAGGCAUUCUUGCUAAUGUAUUUGUGAUAGGUGGAGAGUGGAGUCAUUCUUCCAAGUUUGCUCUGUGCACCAUUAUCUGCCACUCUUUUUACCCUCUUGGUUUGAUGAUGUUGGCUGGCAUUGCCUAUUUGAUCCGCAACUGGAGGAUCCUGCAGCUGGUGCUCUUCAGCCCUCUUGUCCUUGUUCUGGUUCUUUUUUACUGGAUUCUUCCAGAGUCAGCUCGCUGGCUGGUCACCCAGGGCAAGAAGGAAAGGGCUAUAAAGGAGAUCCGGAGGGCAGCAAAAGUGAACAAUAGGAAGGUCCCAGAAUAUCUGCUAGACAGGCUGGAGGAUGAGGGAACAUCCAAAGGAGGAAACAUGUUGGACAUCUUCAGGAUAUCAUAUCUGAGAAAACGUGCUCUCGUAAUGAGCUCCGUCUGGUUCGGGACAAGUCUGAUGUAUUACGGACUCAGCCUGAAUGUUGGCAAUUUUGGUCUGGAUAUAUACCUCACGCAGUUCAUCUUUGGUGUUGUAGAAAUUCCUGCACGUCUUGGCACUUUGCCGAUUAUUCAGCACUUUGGGAGGAAAAUAUGUCAAGCAGGGGUCCUGAUAUUUGGAGGUUGUGCUUGUCUUGCUAUACUUGCAAUUCCAAAAGACCUUCCUGUCGUGGUAACAGUCAUAGCUGUCGUGGGAAAAUUUGCUGCCACUGCCAGUUUCUCUACAGUCUAUGUUUAUACUGCAGAACUAUACCCUACCACUCUAAGGCAGAAUGGUGUUGGUCUUAACUCAAUGUGCGCUCGUGUGGCCGGCAUCCUCGCUCCACUGAUCAGGCUCCUGGACGUCUACCAUUACACCAUCCCUAUGCUGAUAUAUGGCAUCGUCCCCAUUGCUGCUGGGGGUUUCUGUAUAUUCCUGCCUGAAACCCGCAAUGUUGAACUCCAGGACCACGCUCAACUCAUGAAACCUGUGGACGAGACUGCAGACACAGGAUCCAUCAGUCAAUCAGAAAAGUCCACAAAAAUGUAACUUACUGAAACUGAAUCAGGUUGAACUUGAAAUGUUUUGUGACUGAAAUUAGAAUUUGUGUAUGUUUAAUUAUAUUUACCGUAUUUUCCGGACUAUAAGCCGCUACUUUUUUCCCACGCUUUGAACCAU